AUGACACUUGACUUGAGCAAGGUGAAUGGACAUUUUGAUUUGAAAUUGUUGCGGGAGCAUUUUAUGAAAGGUGGUCUUGUGAGUGAAAAUACAUUAUCCACUCUCAUUGAAAGUGCGAAAAUAAUUUUCAAGACUGAAAAGAACGUGAUCAAUGUCAAUAAAAACACAUCAGUCUUUGGCGAUAUCCAUGGCCAGUAUUUUGAUCUUUUAUCUGAACUCGAUGAGGUGUUUGUCAAUUAUUAUAACAAUCACAUCUUUUUGGGUGAUUAUGUUGAUAGAGGGGAAUAUUCAUGUGAAGUUUUGAUCACUUUGCUUUGUCUGAAAAUGAAUAACCCAAACAGUGUUAUUAUGUUGCGAGGUAAUCAUGAGAGUGAUAUGAUGUGUUCAUCUUAUGGUUUUAAGAGUGAGUGUAUUUGGAAAUAUGGUGAUGCAAUUUACAAUCAAUUUCUUUUACUGUUC